AUGGCCCCCGAUGAUCAGCUCGACAUUCUUUCGUCACUCCUGACCAGUCUCCGCAAUGCCAAAGCCACGUUUGGCGAGGACAGCGCCAAAUAUCGCGAGAUGAAGGCCUGGAUCGACGCCUACAUCUCGUCUUCGGCUGCAUCCGCCGCCGCCACCGCGCAGGAGACGGAGGCUCCGCCUGCCGGCGUUGCCAACCACCCCGCUAGUGCUCCUGAGCAACAACAACAACAGCAGCAGCAGCAGCAGCAGCAGCAGCAGCAUGUCUUCAAUCUCGCCUUUCGGCCGCGCCCCCAGGGUGCGGGUUACGCUCAGUGA